CGCGGUGAAAUGAACACAUGUCAUGGCUUCCAGCGAACUCGUCUUCAAGCUGAUUUUUUGAAUCAGGAGUUACGAAUUUUCAACGUGUACAGGAUUCCGGACUCCCAGCCGAUGAAGAUGAUGUGAUAGGCCUGACUGUAUCAUCCACAGGUUUACUCGCGGGAACAACCAACUUUCGGCGUCUGAAUUCCAAUACAGGUCUCUACUAUGAGACAGCUGGAGAAAUUGCCUGGCUCUCUAACCACAACGCCACUGUUGCCUUUGGCGUCGAUGAGGCAAGAUCGAUCAUCUUGUAGUCAAAAUCGUUUUUACCCCAACCGGGCCAUAGAGUCAUGUCCGGAAUUUGAGGAAAAUGAAAAAGUCGAGUAGCCAGUGCGCCAUCAUGCAUCAACCAUCACUCUUUACAUGGACAGACGACGACGCGACCCGUCUUUCUUUAACGACGUAGAUCACGCCGCUUCAAAGCAGGAACAUCUGAAUACAAAUGGAAGAGGGCAGAAAAUGGCAAAGACCUCGUUGUUAGUGUGUUCUUUGCUACUCGACGGCGGUGCUACUGCUGAUGAUCAUUUCAGUGUGUCGAUAUGCGAGGGAGAAACGUUGCGAGAUGGACCCCAUACGAAUCUACUCUCACUGUUUCCAGCAAAAUUGAGCAACACCUGGAUCGAGUGGUCGUAACCUGCUUUCUCAAUAUGUGGUUUGUACAUAUGGGAGUGGUGACUCGUGGGGCUUGGUAACAGAAUACGGAGUGAUUCCCGAAAGCAAGGGGUGUUGUCAACAGACUACGCACCACAACAUCGUCUGUCGGGUGUCGUGUGAGAUCAGUUGAAAGAUGGUUAUGGAACCGACUAUUCUUUAUGGAAUGACUUGUGCGAACCUAUGUAUCCGCAGGGAAGUGCCACCAGGGGUCCCGGUCAGGCCUCAAGGCCUCAGGUGCCCCACCGUCUAUUAAUUGGCAGACGUCGCUGUACAGCCCAUUCCAGCAAGGUUGACAUAUCCGACUCGAUCUGGAAUUAUUAUCAUACUAUCGAUCAGGCAUUCUUGGUGAUGAAAUGAGUCUCGCGCCCGUUUCCUUCUAGUGCAUAUUUCAUCUAAGUUACAACAGUUCCUUUGCCACUUUUCUUGCUAUGGUGCUACGAACACGCUUAGCUCAAGUUACCCGGAUGAUCAGCAACAAGAUCACCUUGCCGACAACUAUUGAUGCCUUUCGGACUUGGAGUCGUGUACUGCACGAUUUCAUGAUCAUUCUGUUGCCGUGGACUUCGUUUCUAAGGUAGCGCAAAUAAAUACUAUCACGUCUGCAAAAAUAUCUCCCAAAAGACUCCCUUGGUGAGUCCCCCUCCUUCUUUCGUAGUAUCGGGUUCCUAGCCACACCAACUUCCUUCCUUCAGGAUGACCACACUCCCUUCUUUCGUUGAACUCAUGACGACCCUCGGAAUAGAUAACAUGUCGUCUGAACCCACUCCCUCCUCCUCCUCCUCCCAACCUCCUUCCCCUCGAACUGGACGGUUGACACUGCCUGCCUCGUCGCCCACAAGAUCGCGGUCAAGUCCUGCGCUGCGGGAUCAGGCUUCCCGCAGUCGCACUGCCAGGUAUACCCCAUAUUCACCGACCGUCUCUUCAUCGACACGUAGAGGCAGCGUGUCUUCCGUGUCCUCUUCUUCGUCUGAGAUGUCCCAACGGGCCGGCUCACCACGUGCUUCGUCGUCUGCACGGUUCCGAAGAAGGUCUACCAGCAACAGACUGACAAUCAACGUCUUUGGAUCGUCUACCGAUUUAGCGGCCAAUACUCCCAUCUCCAGCUAUGUCAGGCGAAAAACACCAGUAACUUCUCCGACUUCCCCCACUUUCUCGCGAGAAAGUUCAGACCCUCCUAUGCCAUUUACUCUACCCACUCUUCCGCCCUUCCUUCCCCAAUCUUCAGGUUCGGAUUCAUUCCCAAAAACUCCUGAUUCCGAGUCGAUGGAAUUCUCUGUUCCACCGACAUCUCCAUCGUCACCCGAGGCUAACGUCAAGGUGCCGUCUGAAGACCCGUCGUCUCCUCGCUUCCACACGGGUAUCCGUAUCUCCACAUCUCCCAGAUCGUCAAAUACGAACACAAGCCAGUAUUCUAAGCAUCCUGUCGUGCAAGUUGCAUGA